AUGAAAAUUUUAUCGGAACUUAAGUAUGACCGCGAUGGUUUAGUCGCGGCAGUCAUUCAAGAUGAGACAAACAACGAAAUCCUAAUGGUAGGCUAUAUGAACACGGAGGCGAUAAGAGAAACGCUGAAUGCAGGGCGCGUCUGCUUCUGGAGCCGUUCCCGCCAAAAAUUGUGGAUAAAGGGGGAGACUUCAGGGCAUACACAGACGGUUAAAUCUAUCGCAGUAGAUUGUGAUGGUGAUGCCCUGCUCAUCAAAGGUUGA